GUACUAACAAAACAAUGAAUAUGGACAUGAAUAUUUAACCGAUGCAGCAUGGUGAUGCGCGCCGAUUCCUUCGUGAAUGAGUACAAUUAGUCGCUAUGCUCCCCUAGCUCUACAAUGCUGCAGAUAAGUGGAGAAUGAUUGAGCGAUCGGCCGAGAGCCUUUCAAAGUUGUGACCUGAGCAGCUCUCCGUAGGCCUCUCGAACUGCUCUCUGCGGCAUAACUCGACGUUCAACAUGCCGCCACUGAUAGGCUUCUCUGGCAACCGGUUCCAAACUCGUGAAGAUGUGAUCACUGCGAUCUUCGCACUUGUGCGACCUCUCAUACCGUAUUUCUCACCGCAAAAGGCGCGGAUCCGUUUGCCUGUUGCGACUGGGACUCACUUCGACGAGUCGGCCGCGCAACUGGAAGGUUUCGCCAGGCCGCUCUGGGCGAUUGGUGCAUUACUUGCCUGCCUGCCUGGUCUGAGAGCUCAGAACUCUACGCUGGUCUCUGAGAUCGAGGACAUUACUAAACACUGGGUCGAGGGCAUCGUAGCUGGCACAGACCCAGACAGUGUCGAGUAUUGGGGUGAUAUUGGACCGAUCGAUCAGCGGAUGGUCGAAGCGGAGAUCAUAGCUUUCGCUCUGCUUUCGGCCCCAGAGGUGAUGUUUCAUGGCCAGAAUGAACGUGUGAGGUCAAAUAUUACGGACUGGUUGCGUGGUAUGAAUGGCAAGCCUAUGCCAGAUAAUAACUGGCGAUGGUUCCGGGUAUUUGCCAAUCUCGCUCUUAUAGAAGUAUGUGGUGUUCCGAUCCAAGAGGUCCAUGGUGAAAUGGAGUCGGAUUUCGCAAUUCUCGACUCUUUCUAUCUCCAUGACGGUUGGUCAGCUGACGGCUCAUGGUUAAGCUCUGACGAAGAAACCGCUAGUGAGAAUCUCUUUGACAGGACAGGAAGACGGGACCAAACAGGGCCCGGAAGACAUGCCGAUUACUACUCGGGAAGUUUCGCCAUACAGUUUAGCCAGCUGCUCUACACUAAAUUCGGAAAACAUCUUGAACCUGAACGAGCGCGCAGGUAUGAACAACAGGCUCGGGAAUUUGGGACUUCGUUCUGGCGUUACUUUGACUCUGAUGGUGCAGCCAUUCCGUUUGGUCGAUCACUAACUUACAGGUUUGCAUGCGGUGGCUUCUUUGGAGCUUUAGCAAUGGCUAAUAUUCCCGACAUGAUGGAAACCCUCUCACUACGUGGGUCGGUGAAAGGAUUCCUCUUGCGUCACUUGCGCUGGUGGGCAAAGCAUUCAGAGGACAUAUUCUACCCAGACGGAACUAUGAACAUUGGAUGGCUCUAUCCUAACAUGUAUAUGUCUGAAGAUUAUAACUCGCCUCAAUCAGUGUAUUGGUGCCUCAAAACACUGAUAGCAGUCGCCUCGGACGAUCAGUUUUGGGCAUCUGAAGAAGAGGCGUACCCGAGGGAGCUAUUUAGGCACACUUUGGUGUCGGCUCCAAAACAGAUUCUAGUCAACCACCCAGAAGCCCCCGACAAUACUCUGGCUCUGAGCAGAGACGGCGCCGAGACUUGGGCGGUGAAGUGGAAGUGCAGCGAAGCAACUUUUUCAACGAUCGAUUUCAAGAAUACAUCUAAGCCGGAGAAAAUCACCGUAGCGUCUGUGAAAUGGUCUCCCUGGAGCGACCGUCAAGUUGAGGUACAGACAACGCUCAUCCCACCAACGGACAGGUGGCCGGAUUGGCACAUACGCGUCCAUCGCAUACGCGUCAAGAGCCACAUCAAUACCCUCCACGCGGUCGAAGGGGGAUUCGCCGUUUCGGGGCGGCAUGCGAGGGAUGGCACCAGCCUUCAGAUAUUAGGACAUGCGGUGGAUGAUAUGACCGAGGGCAUCAUCCAGGACAGCACCUCGGUACUUAUUAUGUCACCAUCAGGUCUGAGCGGAAUUGUGUCUCGUCCUCACCGACGGGAAAAUUCGGGACAGGAUUCCUAUGCUCUGAAGCCGGACGCAAACACGAACCUGGCCUACCAACGUACACUUAUCCCAAUUACGACGCUUGAUAUCGCCGUUGGCCUUGAUGCUGGCCACGAAGUGAUUUUAGUGACGAAAGUCUUCGCGAUAACCAAAUAUGCGAAUGGGGAGAGGAAGCUCCCUGGAGAUGCCAUAGCUCGCUGGCUAGACAAACCAAAAUUACAAUUCUCAAACGGUUGUCUGCAAGUAUGACCUCAGCCAGGGGUCAAACCUGGGACCGAGAUUGCAAACUUCGAAAUAAUCAUGCGUC